AAAGGCCUGUUAUUUUAUUAAAGAGGUAGUGUCUUUUUGACUAGCUCGUAUUAUAUAAACACAUCGCUUCAUCAUAGUCUACGAUACCUACCAGAGCUUUACGCAAACUUACCUUCACGUUAGACCUCCUACAAUACUCGCCGCUUUAGGAAGCCUCUAGACAAUCGUGCUAGUCACACUCCACGCCCAGCGCAACAACACCACUACAACCAUGACCGUCCCGGCCAAGACCACCCCAACACCCAAGAUCCUCUUCCUUGGAGCCACAGGCUACCUCGGCGGUACACUCCUCCAUCGCCUCCUUGCAUCGGACAUCGCGUCAGCCGCGGCCCUCACGGACCCCAUCACCGUCCUAGUCCGCGGCGAAGACCGCGCAGCCAAGCUGGCUUCGAAAUACGGCCCAGCCAUCAAGACGCAGACAUUCGACUCCCUCGACGAAACAGACAAGAUCCAAGCCAUCGCAGCCUCCCACGACAUCGUCAUCAACGCCGGCACCGGCUUCCACCCCGGGUCCGCCGAAGCCCUGAUUCGCGGACUCGGCGAGCGUAAAGCAUCCCAGGCGUCUUCCUCUUCGCCGUCUGCCCCCACCUGGAUGAUCCAUACCUCAGGCGUCUCCAAUAUUGCCGACAGGCCCGUGACGGGUACAAACCUGCCCGACCUUGAAUUCUCCGACUCGGACCCCUUGGCGGUGCUCGCCUUCGAGGAAGCCGAGAACAAGCGCGAGUGGUAUCCCCAGCGGACCGCAGAGCUGACUGUCCUCCGCCUUAGCGACGAGCUCGGGGUGCCGGCGGUUAGCUUACAGGUGCCGUGCAUCUUUGGGGAGGGCCAGGGGCUGUUCCAGGAUGGCGGGGUUAUGAUCCCUAUUAUGAUGGCGUACGUACUGGAUCGCGGGUACGGGUUUACGCUGGGUGACGGGACGGCGGAUGUUGGUAUUGUGCAUGUGCAGGAUUUGGCGGAUUGUUAUAUCGCUGUGCUGAGGAAGGUGCUGUUUGAAGGGGGAAAAGACGUGCCUACUGGGCGUAAGGGCGGAGGCGUUGUGUACCCUGUACCGGCGAUGCGUUUGAUUGAUGAUAUUGCGAGGGGAUGUCUCGAUGUGACGUUUGCGAGGGGUCUUCUGCCUAAGGAGGGCGGGCCGACCGAGAAGGAGUUGAGGAAAAUCUCGAUCGAGGAGGCGGCUACUACGGUGGUGGGAAGUACGCUCAUGGCAGAGGUUGUAUGGGGGGCUCAUCGGAAAACAACGGGCACUGUUGCAAAGGAGAAGCUUGGGUGGAAGCCAGUGUUUGGGGGUCCCGAGGCGUGGAACAAAGACUUUGAGGAUGAGCUGGAUCAUGCUUUAUCGGGGAAGAGGGGGUAUACUUUUGAUGUUUGCAUUGCUAACCGGGGCUGAGUGCUGUGUUAGCUCUCGCCUGUGAACAUCUAGAGGUAUAUAGAAGCGGUCGUUAUCGGUUGGAUAGAGUGUCGCGGGUUAGAACUUAAGACGGGUUGGUGUGGUGGAGGAAGUGUCAAAUUCAAUGUUCUCAAUCAG